AUCAGAGGGAACAGCGCCGUUUGCGGCUACGUCAAACCCCAGUGUGUCUUCGUGCGCGCGCUUCUGUUUGUGGAGCCACGCGCGCGCCUCAUUACGCACGCUCCGAACGCACAUCAGCCGCUACAACCUCCACGCUCUCUCUCCCUCUCUCGCUCGCUCACUCACUCACUCGAGACGCACGCGCGCGCACGAACCGCCAUCCUGCGUGUGACACACACAGCUGAUUAGCUAGCUAGCUAGCACGCCAACUAACGGCGCUUCUCGUUAACGGGCGGCGCAGUGGCUGCAUACGCGUUCCGUCUCCGUAUUGUUAUGAGUAGUCGCGGUUGUCGCUGAAAACCGGACUGCGUCUGUCCUCGGCGACCGGGAGCCGCCAUGGAAUGCCGUGUUCUGUCCAUUCAGAGCCAUGUAGUCCGGGGAUAUGUGGGCAACAAGAGCGCCUCGUUCCCGUUACAGGUUUUAGGGUUUGAGGUGGACUCCAUCAACUCUGUCCAGUUCUCCAAUCACACAGGUUAUUCCCACUGGAAAGGCCAAGUGUUGACAGCGGAUGAGCUCCAUGUCCUCUAUGAAGGCAUCAAGCUGAACAACGUUCACCACUAUGACUAUGUUUUAACAGGGUAUACCAGAGACACAUCCUUCCUAGAGAUGGUGGUGGACAUUGUCCAGGAGCUGAAAGCAGCCAACCCCAACCUGGUGUACGUGUGCGACCCUGUCCUUGGCGAUCAUGGAUCUAUGUACGUCCCCCAGAACCUUUACCCAGUCUAUAAGAACAAGGUGGUUCCUGUGGCUGACAUCAUUACUCCUAACCAGUUCGAGGCUGAAUUAUUGACAGGUAAAAACAUCAGCACAGAGAAAGACGCUGUAGAGGUCAUGGACCUUCUGCAUGCUAUGGGCCCAGACACAGUGGUCAUCACCUCCUCAGAUCUGCCCUCCAGACUAGGAGACCGCUUCCUCGUGUCUUUGGGCAGCCAGCGUCACGUUCGUCCAGACGGAAGCAGAACGACACAAAGAGUUCGAAUAGAGGUUCCCAAAGUGGAUGCUGUGUUUGUAGGAACUGGAGACUUGUUUGCUGCUAUGCUGCUAGCGUGGACACACCACUACCCCAAUGACCUCAAGACGGCCUGUGAGAAGACCUUUUCUGUGAUGCACCAUGUGAUCCAGAGGACCAUAUCUUAUGCUCACGAGUUAGCAGGUCCUGGUCGGAGGCCCAGUCCGCCCCAGCUGGAGCUCAGAAUGGUUCAAAGUAAAGCUGACAUAGAAGACCCAGCUAUAGUUACGGAGGCCACAGUCAUAUCCUAACAUUACCCACCCACGAGACUCGUACUAACCUCGUCCUCACCCAUAAGUCUCUGUCAUAUCACGGUAAAUCAACACUUUAGACCAACAACUCCUCGCCCACACUCAUGCCCCUCAUAGUAUUGUAUCCCCUUUAGUCUGUUCACUCUACGCUCUUUACCAUUGAACUCCUCCGUGUCUUGACCCUUAAGCCCUGAACCCGGUUUAGGAACCAGAGCCAUGGAUGGACACGAGGUUUGGUCCAGUUAGACUGUGCUAACAUGUCUAACGAGGUAUGUGAGUCCGAAUCCAGCCGCCCUCAUAUGACUUAAUGGCACAAUAUGUAGUGAAUCUAAACAGCACUUCCUGCUGUUGCUCAGCACAAAGCCAGACUUUUGGACACGCGUUUACGGAGCGGCUUCGUUUGGGAAGUCAUUUUUAACCUGAGCUUUAAUCAGGUGCAAACAACAGAAACACAUAAAUUCCGAGGUGAACAGCGACCUGACGUGACCUGAUGCCCACUGCCCUAAAUCCAAGCCUUCCACCUUGUUGCUCUGUUACUGCCACUCUCACAUACUGAUCCAACGCUGUCGGUCUAUGGCUCUGUCUGCACCCCCCCCCUCCCCCCGUCUCACAGCCGUGACGUAAUGGUGACCAAGUCUUACCCGAGACCCCGGAAAAUUAACAAAGGAAAAAAAAACGCACAAUGUAUAGUUGAUGUAUAGAUGUUGUACUAUAAUUGUAAUGUAUGAUAUCUUCUAUCUGAUCUGUCUGUUGGACCAUUGUGUUGAUACUACGGUACUAGACACCACAGGCACUACAAUAUCACCCAAACCACAGACAUUUGGGCUGGUUCUGGCACUUUGAGAGGCUCCAGUGGCUUCAGCCUUUGUAACUGUGGUAGUGUGUAGUUGAACUGCCUCCAUCUCCACGUAAAGAAAAAAGGGCAGCCUGAGCUGUCUGAGCCAUUCACGGCACACAUCAGUGCCAGAGCCGACCCAGGCUGGGCUCCUCCCGGCCCAGCUCCGGCCCAGAACCCUAUAUCUGAGCAGCGUGCCACUGGAUUUACUGGACGCCUCAAGAGCCUGUAUGAGCAGACGCUACAUCAGCUGUAACACUGCACCGUGGUCACAGGAACAGGAACCUUCAGUGUGAUGCCAGGAGUUUUAUGUUUUAACUAAUGUGAAAAGUAAAGUUCAUGCUUUCAUCACAGCCCAGAUUUCACAGUCAUUGUGUCAGUUGGACAUUUUUGUCAUUUACACUACAGUCAUGCCUUACCUGCUCCCUGGAAGUAGGUUUUCAGCUGACUUGAGGUUUGGGGUGGAGUCAUUCUAUGAAAUGACGCUGGACGUAAACCUACCACAGCCUGGGCAUCAGUCCUGUGUCUGUUUCCACAGUGGAGUGCGGUGGGAAAACGUGAGGAGAGCGUCAUGUGCGACAGUGGUCAUGAGCUGGUUUCAAACCAAUGAUGUCGCGUUGGCACGUGCCUUAGCCCGCUGAGCUACCAGGGCCCCAGAAACCAGAUUCCAACCUUUGCUUUUGUUUGCUUGUUUCAACCUCCUCUUCUCAAUGUUUGACCUUCAACUGCAGGAACAGCUGCAAACUUAUCAACAGUUAACAUAGUAGUUUGGAAACCAAAGUGAGUGGAGGCUUCAAAAUCAAACCACAUCAGUCCAGAUGUUGUCAGUGUCCCACCUGGGCUGGAUGUAAGGUUCUGGGCAGACCAGUGUCACUCUGUACUGCUGUCGUUUCUCUAUUGACUGUACUGUGAUACUGCCUUAGGAACCUAAUAUAACACCACCACACUCACUGAGGGAGAGGAGGAGCGAGAAAACCAAGGACGUGUCUAAAUGCAGGUACUUUAGACGACAGCGUAUGAGAACAUGACUUUAGAUUUUGGUUCUCAGUACGUAGAAAUAAAUGUUUAGGGCUGCAUGUUUACACUAGCAGUUUUACUUCUGAUUAAUUUAUGAUUUAAAGGUUAACGUGAAAUUAAACUUUUAAGUUGA